UUAAGUGCGCAUCUUUUAGCGGCACUACGGUAAUCCUGCUCCGCCGGUUCUCAGCCCAUAUGACCCGCUUCCUGCGCCGGCUACCAAGAAAUAGCGUUGGGUCUGUGGAUGUAACUUGGCACUGUUACAGCUGGGGCGGGUUUUACAUCGUGACUGGGUUGUAAACCAUCAAUCCAGUCAUGUUACUCUGCGUUUAGCUUUUUCACACACGCGUGUGUGUAUCUAACGUCCUGAUACUACUGAAGCCCCUCUCUCUCACACACACACGGAAGAGCAGCACAAUGGACAACAACAACAGCACGGAUGACUGUAGCCCUACACCGUCCAGAGAGCUCACUCAAAACCCGCUGAAGAAAAUAUGGAUGCCGUGUAAAAACGGCCUUCCAGAGAAGCCAAUCUUUCAGAGGAGGGUAUGCAUGACCAACUGUCCCACUGUCAUCGUCACGGUCGGCCUACCAGCCCGGGGAAAGACCUACAUCUCCAAGAAACUCACCCGCUACCUCAACUGGAUUGGCGUGCCAACGAAAGAAUUUAACGUCGGGCAAUACAGACGAGAAUGUGUGAAGAUCUACAAGUCGUUCGAGUUCUUCCGCCCGGACAACGAGGAGGGGCUUAAAAUCAGAAAGCAGUGUGCAUCAGCAGCUCUUAAUGAUGUGCAUCAGUAUCUCACCGAGGAUGGGGGGCAAGUGGCGGUAUUUGAUGCCACAAACACCACGAGAGAGAGGAGAGAGACCAUCAUUCGAUUUGCUGAACAGAACGGAUUUAAGGUUUUCUUCGUCGAGUCUGUAUGUGAAGACCCUGACGUUAUUGCAGAAAACAUUGUCCAAGUGAAACUCGGCAGCCCAGACUACACGCACUGUAACACCGAGCAGGCUGUGGAGGACUUCAUGAAGAGGAUAAAAUGCUAUGAGAACUCCUAUCAGCCUCUGGACGAGGUCUUAGACAGAGAGUUGUCCUUCAUAAAGAUCAUCGACGUGGGCCGGAGGUACCUGGUGAACCGAGUCCAGGAUCACAUCCAGAGCCGAAUCGUGUAUUACCUCAUGAACAUCCACAUCACACCGCGCUCCAUCUACCUGUGCCGGCACGGAGAGAGUGACCUCAACGUUAAAGGUCGAAUCGGAGGCGACUCAGGUCUCACGUCCCGUGGAAAGGAGUUUGCUCGCUUCUUGGGACAGUUCAUCAAAUCGCAGGACAUCAGCGAUCUGAAGGUGUGGACAAGUCAGAUGAAGAGGACGAUUCAGACUGCCGAGGCUCUGGGUGUGCCGUACGAGCAGUGGAAGGCUCUCAACGAGAUCGAUGCUGGUGUGUGUGAGGAGCUGAUGUACGAGGAGAUUCAGCAGCGGUAUCCUCUGGAGUUUGCGCUGCGUGACCAGGACAAAUAUCGCUACCGGUAUCCCAAAGGAGAGUCUUAUGAAGAUCUGGUGCAGCGGCUUGAGCCCGUCAUCAUGGAGCUGGAGCGGCAGGAGAACGUCUUGGUCAUCUGCCACCAAGCGGUCAUGCGUUGCCUGCUGGCCUACUUCCUGGAUAAGACGGCGGAGGAGCUGCCAUACCUGAAGUGCCCGUUGCACUCAGUGCUGAAGCUCACGCCGGUGGCUUACGGCUGCAAAGUGGAGACCGUCUUCCUGAAGGUGGUAGCGGUGAACACCCACAGAGAAAGACCAGAGAACGUAAACAUCCAUCGGACCACGGAGGACGCCCUGCGCACCGUUCCACCUCACCUCUGACCCCACCUGUUUGGCCGUCCACUCCUGCGUGUCUCGAUACCCCUAUUCCAGGGCUCCCCUAUCCUCCAGGCAUCUCCAUAACUCUAAAGGAUCCGGAGUGUCGUCUCUCAGCGUCUUCAUUUCUGUCCCCCUCCUUCCUUACCUUUUUAAUCCUCCAGGGUUCACAGACAGGAAGCAGCUCUAGGACCUUGGGCUUAGACCUUGGGCUUGUAGAGUAACGUUCAUUAGGCAUGAGCUGAUCGCAGAUCAACAUUGAUACAGGGCUGAUCCUGAUAUGAUUUGCUUUGGCUCAGAUAGAACCAGUUCAGUUCAAUCUUUAUCAAAUCAGAUGUGCAGCGUCAGUCCUGGUGAAAGGGGCGUGGCCUCUGACUAAAGGAACGCCCCAGCGCUUUUGAACAGAAGCUUUAUUUUCUGGACAUGGAGCGUCUGUCUCUGUGCGUGUGUGUGUGUGUGUGUGAGAGAGAGAGAGAGAGAUUACUAUAGGCGUGAAUUUCAGAACGCUUUAGUGCUGGGAAAGCGACGGAAAACUGACUUAUAAUGGAAGUCUAUGAGGGAAGUUUUGUAAAUAAAGCUGUGGGCUAAGAUUCACUUUUCCAAUGGGAUGAAUUUGUCUUUCGUGCGCGACCAAAAACACUAACCUGCAGAAACGUUUGUGUUAGUUACACGAGUGUAAACGCUUUUUCGCCAUUCGGCAGAAAACCCACUGAUACGACUCGCUGGAUUGUCGUAGACGUGCUUUUUGGUAGACACUGGUGUCUUUUGUGCGCGCUUUAGGCAUCAUACCUCAAUAUUCCUGCCAGGUUCACAAAAAUAAAUGCAAAUUACAUGUCAAUUACCAAGUGUUCUCAUGCUACAGCUGGUUUUCCUUUUUGUUGAUUGAUUUCAACUUCCCUUUGACUUCUAUUAUAAGUGACUCUGGAGUAAACAGGUUUUCCGUUGUUGUUGUUUUUUUAAAUCAGUACAGGGAAAUGUAUUUGCUGAAGACCGUUCUGUAGUAGUCACACGCCCACACACACACCACAGAUGUGCCGGAUAGAGACGAGGUUAUGUUUUAAAGGCUUACGCACAAUAUUGAAUCACAGCGCUACACUGAUCACUGCACCACACACUAGAGACAGUCUGUUUAAUCCGGUUCAUCCGUCAACCCUGGACAUGAACAAACUUCCCUUUUUUUGUUUAGUUUUACGCCUCUGGGUUUUUGGAACGUUUAUAAAACCUUCACUGAAGGAUGUGAAAUGUACCCUACUGCAUAUGAACUUGUAUCAGGCGUGAUUAUAUUUGGCUUGCAUUUUGCGUGUGUGUGUGUGUGUGUUUCGCAGCUCUUGGACUCCUCUUUUUGCAUCAGUAUUGUUCUGUCGUUGUGUCACACUGCCAUUUGAUUCUUAUCUCUCUGUUACUUUGAGGGAAGGACGACACAACUUUGUUCCGUGUGUGUGUGUGUGUGUGUGUGCGCGCGUGCGCGUGUGGGAAUAAGAAAUGAUCACUACAUCCGUAUGUGGGCCCUGUUUAUUUCUACAGAGCACGUGUCUAGAGUCCCGCGUCCUCACACCAAGACUAAUGUAUUUAUUUGCCUUUUAUGUGUUUUUAAAAGGUGAGUUUCAAAAUCAGUCAAUUUUUUUUUUGCAAGAUGAACCUGAGACGAAAUACUUUUAAAUCGAGCUCCUUAUUUUUUUAUUAAGUGGGUGUGGUUUGUAACUGUGAAGUGCAUCCUGACCUGUAAAAACACCCUGAACGUGAUUUAACCGUAUGUAUGUGUGUGUGUGUGUGUAUGUGUAUGUGUGUGUAUGUAUGUAUGUAUAUAUAUAUAUA